AUGACAACAUUUUUGCAGCAAUCCUUUGAGCCACUUGUAAAUCGUCUUGCCACGUCAGAAUAUCAAUGGGAUGUUGAUCGAAAACCCAUACAAAUUCCAAAACUUCCUCUAAAUAAUCGAGAACUCGAUCUUCCAACAAAUGGUAUUUUAUUGGAAACAGAUUUGAGGAAUGUGAAAAGAAGACUGCAAGAAAUAUCAGAACAAUUAAAAGUUAUUCGAGGAACAAGGAUGAGUAUGAGCACUGAACAAUUUAUGGGAAUAAGUGCAUUUACUGGAGGAAUGGGAUCAAAUGAUGAAAGUGCACUCACAAAUCAAUUGAAUAUUUUGGAUAUUCCUGGAGCGGUUGAAAAAAAUGUUGAUCGAAUGGAUGAAAUUCGACAAAGACUUCGAGAGGUUCGAGUUGCGAGAAGAAGUUCGCCGGUUUUUACACCAACCGAUGAAAAGAAAUUUGAAUUAGAGAUGAUUGAAGAAAGGGAAAAAAUGAUUGAAGAAAUUCGAACACAACAACCUGUUAGAAGAAGUUCGGUGAGAUUUGAAGUAAAUUCGAGGAUUGAAGAAAGAUCCGAAACACCGAAAGAAGAAAAAGAAGAAGAAAAACCUUUGGCACAAUUUGUUUUUGAGAAUAAGAAACAACCAGAAACACCAAAACAAGCAGAAAAACCAGGUAUUUCAUAUAGAAACUUUUUUUAUUUGGUGUAAAAAUUGAAUUUGUUUAGCAUCACCUCCGCCAGCUGGACCAUCUACAACAUCAUAUACUCAAAUGAUGUCUUUGCUCUCACAACAAAAUGCAGAUUCAUCAAGUGAUAGUGAUGAUCCAGUUCCGAUUCGAAAAGAAUCUGCAGCCAAACCAUCAAUGGGACUUCUUUCGCAAUAUUUGAAUAAGCCUGGCUCAGAUUCUUCUUCGGAAGAUGAAAAACCACUACCAAAACCCUCUCUAACUGCACCAAAACCUUCUACAUCAAAAAUGUACGCCGAUGAUGAUUCCGAAGAUGAUUUUUUUAAUUGA